AUGGAGCUCGACAUAUAUGCAUGGACCAUUUUAACUGUGUAUGGAAGUGCGGGUUACUACGCUACCAAGUUCUAUGGUUCCACGUUUAGGCCCACAAGCCUGAGCAAUAGCUUCUGCAAGAACCCUCAUUCAACACCAUCAUCAACAAAUAUGAUACUCUGUUUAUCCCAAAGUGAGCUCGCGGCUUCCUCUCGUGCACAGCACUCCAGAAAACUGCAGCAAUGCACCGUGAAGAUUGUAAUCGAGAGUGAUUCCACUGUUCGCAAAUAUGGGAGCCAUGUUGGAAUUCAAAUGGAAGCGGAAACAUUGGCAUUUGUUCGAAAACACAAUUCUAUUCCAGUUCCAGAGAUUCGCAAGAGCAAUGCUUCGGGAAUGAAUCGAAUGAUCACCUGGAUUUUAUUGAUGCGCGCUCCUGGUCGUCGUCUUGAUAACUAUCUGCUGGCCGAAGAUGGCUGA